AUGGCGUCAGGAUCAACAAUCAGCCGUAUUCUGAGCGUGAGGCUGGCACGAGCGACAUGCGGCGUGACGAGCUUGGCGCUUCGACAGCUGUCGACGACCUCGAGGCUGGAUUUGUCACACAACAGUGGCGGCAACGACGGAUCAGCAAAGAGGCAUGGCGUCCCGAUGAUCACCCUGUACACGGGCACGUAUUGCUCGCUGUGCGAUGUGGUCAAGGAGACGUUGAAGGACGCAGCCAAGAGCGAGGAGACCCCGAAGUUCGACGUCUCAAUUUAUGAUAUCCAUGACGACUCGCUACCAGACGUUCAGCGGUGGCGUAGAGCGUAUCAGUACGACAUACCGGUGAUACAUCUUGAUGGCAAAGGCAACAUGUCCGCUCAGCAGGAGGCCUUCAAGCGCUACGUCGAGGUUGGACGUGUCGUCCUGAUCAACAAGGGCGAGGGUGAAGGCAAGCUCGCCGUCAUUGCCGAGAUUGUCGACCACAACAAGGCCAUCGUCGACGGCCCCUCGACCGGUGUCCCUCGCCAGGUCAUCCGCUACCGCUACACCACCCUCACCCCCUUCGUCGUCCCUGGUCUCCCCCGCGGAGCCGGUACCUCGAUUGUCAAGAAGUUCUUUGACAAGUCGGACGUCGCCGAGAAGUGGGCCAAGAGCUCAUGGGCAAAGAAGAGGCAAGCCAUGAAGGCCAAGAGGGAGGCUACCGACUUCGACCGCUUCAACAUCAUGUUGCUCAAGAAGCAGCGUAGGUUCUUGGUCAACAAGGCGGCAAAGAAGCAGGCCAAGGCGUAA